UGUGAACCUCCGGCGCCGUCGCUUUGAGGUCUACGGAUUUUUUUUUUUUACUUUGCUCGAGCGGAGCCCCGAUGUUGGCAUCGGAACGGUUCCAAGGGCUCCUCAAAGCUGCGAGAGAGCGUGCGGCUCGCCCCGUCGCCGCAGCCGGAGCGAAGGCACUCGUCUUGGUGGCGACGCUCAUCCUUCCAGCGAUGGUUCGGUAAAACGGGGUUCCGUUCUCGCAAGACAAAGAAAGUCACCCUGGGCGAGGUUUCCAUGCAGGAUAUUUGUCUUUGCGAAAAAAAAAAAGUGACCAUAAACAAUAUCCUAAUCCAAGUUAAAUUCUGCGGAUUCUCCUCCUGCCUUCCCCUCCCUCCCUUCCUCGCCCCAAACAGCCCUAUUUAUUAGAAUAACGGGGGAGGGCUCAUGAAAGAGAAGCCCAAUUGAAACGGAUGAACGCUGCUUGAUUUGAAGCGCUUAUUGUUUUAUAGAAGGUGUCCUCUUUCGCCUGCCUUUAUUCUCUCAUUGGAGGUGGAGCUCAUGGCCGUGUGACAAAGCUCGCUCGCUUGUACCUGCUUUGUGUUCACACGGUUCUGCGCUUGCCUGGAGCCGUGCGUGGCUGGCGUGUGUGCGCAUGAGAGAGGGAGUCCACCGGUGCGUUAGCGUCUGACACCAUCUUCCUUCACCGGCGCCAGCUUCGAGCAUUCGAGUAAACGCGCGCGCUGGGCCUCGCACAUGCUAUAAAGCGAAGAAGGCUCGACUUGACUCCGAGUCAGAUGCCUCAGAGCCUCAAAAGGAGAGUUAAAACAGAACCAAUGAGCAACAGUGACAUCCCUGCAUCCACAGGAGACGCCUCGUUAGACAGCUAUUCGAGUUCAGCUAUCGCCAGCAGCGGCUACAGUCCAAGACAAACACACCAGUAUUCCCCGCAGAUUUACUCAUCAAAUAGCAGGUCAUACCCCCACAUUCUGUCAGCACCACCCGCCCAGCCCAUGGCUACCUACGCGGGGCAGCCGCAGUACCCAGCGGUGAUGGCCCAGGCCGCUCCCUACAGCACGUACACGCAGCCCGGGCAGCACUAUGGUCUGCCGUCGUACGGGAUCAAGACGGAGGGCGGUUUGCUGCAGGGUCAGACGGCCGGCCAGGCGGGCUACCUCACUACGUACGGAGCUGGCUUCAGUGUGCCCCAGCCCGGACAGACGGCAUACUCGUAUCAGAUGCAAGCGGGAGGAAGCUUUACGACCGCUUCGGGGAUAUACCCUCCGAGCAAUUCCAUCACAAGUUCGGCAGGAUUCGGCAGCUCUCAGCAGGAGUACUCGUCAUACGCCGGCUUCCCGCAGGGGCAGUACGCCGUCGGGCAGUACUACCCGAGCGCCGCCUACGGCACCUACAUGGCCAACAGCAGCAGCAGCCCGUCCACCCCGCCCGCCACGGCUGCCACCUACACCCUGCAGGAGCCGGCGCCUAUCACGACCAGCCAGGCCGCGGAGUACGGCACCCUGCAGAGUCCCACGACACCCGGGAAGGAGUCCGAGGAGAGGACGCGCCGCGCUUCCGGCGGAAAAUCGAGGGGUCGCGGGAGAAGGAAUAACCCCUCUCCACCUCCCGAUGGGGACUUGGAGAGGGUUUUCAUAUGGGACUUGGAUGAAACGAUUAUCAUCUUCCACUCACUCUUGACGGGCUCGUACGCCACAAGAUACGGCAAGGACCCUCCAACGUCUGUGUCGUUAGGCCUGAGAAUGGAGGAGAUGAUUUUCAACCUCGCCGACACGCACUUAUUCUUCAACGACUUGGAGGAGUGCGACCAGGUGCACAUUGAUGAUGUAUCGUCGGACGACAAUGGCCAGGAUUUGAGCACGUACAACUUCGCCACGGACGGAUUCCACGCGUCGGCGACGAGCGCCAACCUGUGCCUGGCCACUGGCGUGCGCGGCGGCGUCGACUGGAUGAGGAAGCUCGCCUUCCGCUACCGGCGCGUCAAGGAGAUCUACAACAGCUACAAAAACAACGUCGGAGGCCUCCUCGGGCCACCGAAGCGGGACGCCUGGCUGCAGCUGCGCGCAGAGAUCGAGGCCCUCACCGACUCCUGGCUCACGCUCGCCCUCAAGUCGCUCUCGCUCGUCCACUCCCGGUCAAACUGCAUCAACGUGUUGGUCACCACAACCCAGCUGGUGCCAGCCCUGGCCAAGGUGCUUCUCUACGGCCUGGGAAUCGUGUUCCCCAUAGAGAAUAUUUAUAGCGCAACAAAAAUAGGCAAAGAGAGCUGUUUUGAGCGCGUAGUUUCGAGGUUUGGCAGGAAAGUUGCAUAUGUUGUGAUUGGAGAUGGGCAAGAUGAGGAACAGACAUCCAAGCAGGUAAAUAACCCUAUCCCUGUGUUUUCCCCAGGCAAAGAAAAUUGCUUUGAGCGAAUUAUGUCCCGGUUUGGCCGGAAGGUAGUGUAUGUGGUUGUGGGCGACGGCGUAGAAGAAGAGCAGGCCUCAAAGAAGCAUAACAUGCCGUUCUGGCGCAUCUCAAGCCACUCGGACCUCAUGGCCCUGCACCACGCCCUGGAGCUGGAGUACCUGUAGUGCCUGCGGUUGAGUCGCGCCGCCGCCGCCGCCGCUGCUGUCGUCCCCGGAGCUCAAGACGCCUGGACUCGGUGGAGCCGAGUGAAGAAGUCUCUUAGCCCCAGGCUCCGACGGCUUGCGCGAAGCGAGACUUCGCCCGUGCCUCGCUCUGCCACGGCGGGACACGAGAAGUGAUUUCUCUUUAACACACACACAAAAAAAAAAAAAUCUACGUAGAAUUUUGUUCGCCCCCGGGACGAAAGGGGACCUAUGGUGGAACGGAGCUUACUUGAUGUUACCAAGGAUUUGCAUGGACCCUUUUUACGUCCAAACCGGCCUGGCAGAAAAAGGAGGUGGUCUGCAAGACUCGCGGUGGACUUGGGAUGAAGCCCGGAGUGUUUCUUCAGCCACAGAUGUGGUGUUUUCUGUUUUUUUUUAUUCAUUGUUUCAACAGUGGCUUGAUAUCUGCUCUUAAGUGCUCAAGUAACAAAAAGGCUACAUUACAAAUGACAGACACAGAUGGAGAAAUCAGAAUGUUGACAACUAUAAGAGAAAAGUGAGGGGGUGGGUUGGUGGGGUGGGGGUCUGUUAUUAAAAUGUGUUUGCGAAGAUGUAAACCGUUGUAAUGUAUUUAUUGUAAUUUCCCCCGCUCCCCCCCCCCCCGUCAUUUGCUGAAGGUACGUAAAAAAAGGAUAUGUUGUAAAAAAACAAACGCAGAACCUGCAUCGACAAUCAAAUGUACACUUCCUGCCGUCAUUUAACCCAUUGUUUAAAAGAAAGGGGGGGAGAUGGAAACGAAAAGGAAACAUUAAAAGGUCGUGACGUGUAAGGGGGGGGGGGGGGGGGGGGGCGGGCCUGUGUGUCGGCAUUGAAAAUGAUAAAUCACGUCGGCACAUGCUUCUGUCGUGCCACGUUUUUCACGAAUUACUACUAUGUCACAAUGCAUCGUGGGUAAAUAUGUAGAUACAAAAUAAAAUUAACUUCCGUCCUUGUUUGACCAAAAUGCGUCACUCGAAAUCAAAGCUUCUAAUAAUUUGUGACUGUUAAUGAUAAUGGCAGACACGCGGAAUUGUCAGUAUAUAUAUUUUUUAAUUGUCGCCUUUCGUGUAUCUUUUACUGUAGAAAUUGGAAGCUGAUUUGUAAAUUGAUCUGUUCCGUGCAUUUAAGAGUAACGUAUUUGUUGUUUAAAAAAAGACCUAAGGUUGAAGCAAAAAAAAAACGUUUUGUAAGUAAAGUAUGGAAAUAUGUGAUAUUCCCUUUGUGUGUAGAAAAUCAAUAUUAUCAACUUGGACAGCAUCUGUCAGCAUUUAGAAUGUUCUACCUUGUUCGCUGCUGCAGCAAACUGUUUCCUAUGCAAUUCAAGCAUGACGUUUAUAGGCGUAGGUAUUAUUUUUUUAAAAAAUAAUUAGACAAUAUUGACUGGUGCCUUUUUAUUACCAAGCGGUGCGCUGUUCAGCAAUUGAGUUGAAAUCUCUAAUUGUCAGCACUCGAGACUAAAUAAACUCUCAACUGUGAUUGUGCGAUAUUUAGUUUUAAGUCCAGCAAAUGUUGUGGCUGGCAUUAAUUGAAAAAAAGCAAAACAAAACGCCUUCUGUUUGGAAAAUUCAUUAUUUGUUGCAUUUAAGUUGUUCAACUUUUCCUGUAUCUUUCCCAGAAUGAAUUACUCCGUGUGCGUUAUUGAAAGCCGGAUAAAUGUAAAACGUCUUAAGCAACAAACUUAGCCGUGUCCAGUUUUGGUGAAAUGAAUGUUUGCGAAGUUCCCUUAAAUCAGGGCUGCUCAACUUUUGACGUCGCUGGGGUUCGUAUUGAAAGCAGAUUAAAUUUAAAAAAAGGUGGCUCGCGUUACAAUUAUUUUGAGUGCGAGCUUUGCCGAAAAUGAACAUCCGCGAAUAUGAACAAAAGUGGCAUGCACGAGCACGAACUAUAUUGAACUUUACAAUUUGCAUUACAUUUAACAAGUGCAUGAAUGUGUUGGCAGAAGGAAUUUAGCAGUGAAAGGUUACACAUUGAGCAGCCUUGCUUUAAGUGCAUUCGGGUCACGCUGUGUACGGAAAGAGGAUCGUUUAUUGCCACCAUAUGAAUAGGAGCUCCAUUCUCAAAAUGUCCCAACGUUUCGUUGUCCGCAAAGCAUUUUACAUCGCUCUGCUGUGUAUGUCUGUUGGAAACUGGCUUCUGAUUGCAGAUUCAAAGGGACAUGCUUUUGACUUUUCUAACAUUUGAGAGAAUUACAUUUGAAUAACAAUAACCAGGUGCUCACAUGCGCUAGAUGACGACGCUUGAGCAACCCGUCCCGGUUCUCGGGCCGUCCUGUCGGCGUGGGGUUUGUCACCUUCCCUCCCUCACCCCUCUCCCCCCCCCGAGUCAAAACAGCCGACUGCUGCGACAUCCAGGCGAAGGGUGGCAGAGGCCCCUUUUCCCUCCCGACGCUGACCUCGUAAAAGCUUUGCUUUGUGAACUGAAACAUUUCAGGGUGACGUGGUGUAGGAGUUUGCCCUCCUCCAUACACACUUCUUCGUUUAGUCACGCGGAUGAGCGAGUUGGCCGUCACUAUGACCCGAGUGGGAUGUGUGACGCUUGCCUUCCAUUUGUAUUAUAUAUUGCGUGUUCUAGUCUGGGAAAAAAAAUUAACAGGAGCCUUGCAAUAUGUUUAGCUAAUUUAAUAAAAAUGUUGUUUGAGAUGACACCA